AUGGCUACCUUCACGUACGAUAUCGCCUCCCCUGGACCUGCCGACGGUUCUCCCUCGCCUCAGCUGCACACAGUGCACCUCCUGGAAGCGUACACUCCUGAUCCUCGGUCAGACGAAGAGCCCCAGCACCUCCUUCCAAUGCCCAUGCCCGUGCCCGUGCCCUUCUUCUCUGCGUCCGGUGAGCUCUCUAAGGAUGCAGCAAGUGAGGCGUUCGCUGAUUUUUCUGCCCUGCCAUCCACCGUCUCUGGUCUCGAUGACAUUAACUGGGACGAAUGGAUCCUGUUCGACUCCCCCCCAGUCAAUGUUCCCCCACCGUCACUCCAACUGUCGGAUAUUUCCGACGACCCCAUCGAGGAGGCUCACCGAAGCCCGAGCGACGUUGCCGAUGGCCCACCCAAUCAACGAGAGCCAACCCCUCCCCUGGCCUCAGACAAUCGCGAAGGCAACACAUUGAAGGAACCGUUGAAUUAUUCCGAUGAUUGCAUCGAGGCUGACCCACGUCCAGGCAAGGAACCCCAUGUCCAAACCCACCGACCGGAGCAAGUUACCCGCCUGGCGUCGAACCGUUGGGAAGGCGAUGCGUUGGGGGAGACGCUGCAUAAUCAGGAAUACAUUAUCUUGCCCCUUUCUCAGGUGAAGAUUCUGAAGCUGGUGUAUAAGCGAGACGGGGAUGAGAUGUACCAGAUAGUAGGACGGAUAGAUUUACAAGAAACGCGCGGAUACGGCACACAAGGAAAGCCGUGGAAGUGCUUGGGCUCUGCUGAAGACCCAAUCAUCAUCGAUGGGCCAAUGAGUCCCAACCUGCUUAGCGACUCCGAUCCGUUUGUCGCCAUUCCAUCCCUUCAACGAAAUAUAGAGAGGGUUCCCGGGGGUUACAAGGUGUAUGCCAAGAUGACAUUGGACGAUUUGCAGGAGCAUGGAGGGUUGGGGCUGCUGGCAGCUUACUGGAAUAUCGAAUGUCGUCGAAUGAGCUCAAUCCCUGGGAAAUCAUAUGUCCCCGAGAGCUACGCCAAAGUCGUGGCCAAUCGAACACAUUCAGCAGAAGAAGAAUGCCGUAAGAAGACAAAUAACCCUGGGGAUACAUAA